GUCCGUAAAGCGCUAAGGUCUUGUAACGAUGAGGUAAAUGACCACGUCUGGCCCGCCAAACUCCAAAGGUCACGGCGGCAACAACAUGAGCCGGCAAAACGCCGGACGCGGUAAUUCACGGGAGUGGAGCCGGAACGGUGGCCAAUCGGCAAGAGACGAGCAGCAAGGCGGCCGCGGCGGCCAGCGCCAGCGUUUCUGCGAGCUUUGCCAGUGCUGGGUCGGAACCACUGUAUGGCCGGGCCAUGUAGCGGGCAUCCGCCACCGCCGCCAGGUGGCCAGCGUGGCGCUCCACGGCGAGCCGGGCCACCUGGUCAUGUCGGUGUUCGAGCCGGCGCCGCCCGCACACUACCAGGGCCGUGACCCGGUGGCAGCGGCGGUUGCGCAGCAGCAGCUCCAUGACCUAGCUCUGAAUCCUGAAGGGGUGAUGGAGGCACAGGCCGAGCUGGCGGCAGCUGCCGUGGCGGGCGGAAGGGGGCGGCAGCCGGGAGGCAGCGGGCGAGGUGGCGGAGGCAGGGGAGCUGCGGAUGCCGCGCCGAGGCGGCCGCACUCUCAGGCGUUUGCGGAGCUGCAGCGGCGCAAGGAGCAGCGCGCGUCACGUGCUGGCGGCCCCGCGCCCUUCCCCUUCCCCGGACCUGACGGCCCUCGGCCCCGGUCCGGCGGCGCCAGCCGGCCCGCAGCCGCCGGUCUGUCAGACCUGGACCGCCACCUCGCAGCCCUCGCCGCCACCACCUCAGCAGCUGCGGCAGCGGCCGGCGCCUAUCGCUGCCGACCCUCGCCCGCCGCCGCGGCCGCGGCCGCCGCCGCCGCCUUCCUCCGCUUCGCCCCCAGCGGGGAACAGCUGUCGGCGCUGUCCACCGCUGCGGCGCGUGAGGCGCUGCAUCACACCGGCACGUACACGCGCCUGUACCACGGCACUAUGGCGCUGCUGGGCGAGGAUGCGCUCCAGAGGGCGGCUGAGACGCUGCCGGUGGAGCUGGGGCGGUAUCUGGUGGCGCUGCAGGGCUGGGAGGAGGCAGAGCACCGGAGGCUGGGGCUGGCGGCGGGAGGGGUGCCAGGACAGCAGCAGGAGGGGAGCGGCAAAGCUGACAUGGGGGAACGAGAAGAGGAAGACGGCACUGGCGCCAGUAGCAGCACCAGCAGCGACGAGAGCGAGGAUGAGAGCAGCAGCAACAGCAGCAGCAGCGGCGACGAGGAGGAGUCGAGCGAGGAGGACUCAAGCAGCGACAGUGAGGACAGCAGCGACGAGGACGCGGCGGCGACACACGGUGGGCGGCGGCGGCAGCUGCCGCAGCAGCCUGCAGUGCUACCACACCCGGCCCUGCAUCUGGGCCCUGCGGAGCUGCUGGUGCUGUCCAUUCACCCACUGCUGGCGCCCGGACCGCUGGCGCUUGGAGCGGGGGUGGCGGCGGUACCGGGGUCAGCUGCACCAGGGCCGUCAGCAGGUGGAGCCGCAGCAGUGGCGGCGGGUGCGAACACGGCGAAGGCGGCGGCGGUACCUGCCAGUGCCAAAGCGCAUGCAGGCCGUGGGCCAGGAGCUGGCAGCCAAGUGCGGCAGCGCGUGGCGGGCGGGCAGGCUGCGGUGGCUUCCCGGGCCGCUGCCGCAGGCGCUGCCAAGCCAUCUGGGUCAGGGCCGAAGGCAGGACCGGGAACAGCUGAAGCAGCCGGAUCAGGAGCGGGGGUCUUGCCGCGCUGGCGGUUGCAGCUGCCGCUGCGGCGGCUGCAUCUGGAGCUGCCGUUCCGGCCGCAAGGUAAGGAGGCCGCUGCCACCACCAUCGCCCUGUGUGUGCUGAUGGCGGCGCUACGCCGCCACGCGCCACCGUCAUUACCACAGAGUGGCACCGGCGCUGCCGGCAGCGCGCUAGUAACAGGAGCAACGCGUGGAAGCGGAGGCGCAGCUGCAAGCGGCGGCAGCAGUAGCAGUGGCAACGGGGCCCGCCGGCGGCGUGCUCGGAGCCAUGGGCCGGAGGAGCGUGGGGCCGGAGGCGGGGCAGGGGAAGGUGCGCGGGCGCCUGGCGAGGGCGUGCCUGUUUGGCCUGACCCCAUGCGACCGGCGGCAGCGGAGUUGGAGAGUGUGGCACUGACCCUGUCAGCCGGCGAGUACAUGGAGGUUGUGGCCCAGAGCGGCCCGCAGCGCCUGAGUCACCUGGUGCCGCUGUGGGGCCACGUGUUGACCGGGCUGGCGGCGCUGGCGGCUGCGCGGCCGGGUCUGGUAGAGGUGGGGCUGUCAUGGCCGCCGGGGGUAGUGGCGGCAGCGGCGCUGGAGCGACUGCAGCGGGCGGCGGCAGACCCGGGUCCGGUGCGGGCGCGGCGGCUGGCGGUGCUGAUGGGAGCACACCCCAGGCUGGGUAUGGCCAGCCCUGUGCGGCUGCUGCCGGCCGAGGUGCUGGAGCUGGUGCUGCAGGCCGCUCUACCACUCAGUCGCCCGCCCCUGCCGCCGGGCCGGACAGCAGCAGCGGCCCCAGCAGGCCUGCACAGGGGUGCCAGCGGGGGGCCUGCUGUUGCUCCUACGCCUGCCGCCACUGCCGCCGCCGUCACUGCUGCCGCUACCCGCACCGCCGUGCGGCUGUCGGUGCCGGAGUGGAUGCCGGCUGCUGCUGUGGCAGCGGCGGCGCCGGCCCCUGGCGACCAGCACGCGGCAUUGGCAGCGGCGAUGCUGGCAGGGGCCCAACAUGGCGGGGGGUUGGGUGUGGCACAGCCAAUGGACGUGUGGGCGCCGCCGCAGGCACCUCAGCAGCACCAGCACCAGCACCACCAGGCUCAUCAAGCUGGGGCCGGAGCCGCAGGAGCAGGCGGUGGUGUAGGGGCAGCGGGUCUUGGGCUUGGAGGAGGUGGAGGUGGCGGAGGCGGCGGUGGCGGUCCAGGGGGCGCCCUCGCGGCGGCAGGGCCAGCGUUGCCGGCUGGCCUUGCGCCUGACGUGGCUGCUGCUGCGCGCUGGCUGCUGUAGAGGCCUGGGCUGUGUGGCCUAGGUGGGUCAACGCAAAGGUUCCGCUUCUGCGUUAUUCUGUUCAGAGGUGCCUUCAGAAUUUUGAUCGAGGAGGAACCCCAAGCUUUUUGUUGUGGGCUGCGUGCAAGGUUGUUGCUGGGCCGGUGCCGUGCGGGCGCGUGCAGCUCAGGCAGGAAGUCUGACCGCUUGCAGCACUUGCGAACGCGAACUGCAAAUACGGUAGUCGUAAAAGCAAGUCCGACCCUCUCUUCGUUAUUACCGUACACCAUCGUAAUGGCUUGGAACGAUAUGGGUUUUCUACCCGCAGUUGUGCCAGAGGCGUAUGGACCAGGGGGGGGGUAGAAAGCUCAGAUUCUUACCCCAUGCUCAAAAUUACAGAGCUUUAGGAGAGCAUUAUGCACGUACUUUUAGUUUCUUAAGGGGGUGUCUGGUGAGGAAGUUCUGGGCCGCCAAAGUUGGGGGGUCGGUCCUCGUCCCUGGGGGUCCGUCGGGUUUCGGGAGCCCAUCCCGGCGGAUUUCGGGAAGCGCCCCACAAGCAGAACUAGGGGCCAAACGCAGCAGUACGAGGCUCAUAUGUGCACGUUAUGACGUAAUAAGCACAAACAAAGCGUGGGAGGGCUAAGUUGCGCGUCCGGGCGUGGACAUGUCAGGACAUGUCUCCACAUUCAACACAUGCGCACUGACACAGCUUGGCUCUGAAGCGCUGGUGCGCUCGAGUUCACGUCUAACAAGGCUGCCGGUGCACAUUGUCCAUUCGUCACGCGGCAGAGAGUUGAGCGCGGGGUGGUCUGGGUCGAGGGGAUUGCCAUGGAUAGGAUCCCGCCGGUGACCGAAGUCUCAGAACAGGACCGCUGAUGACACGGAGUGAUAGUGCUCGUCAAGAGGAGUCGAUUGACACCACUUUGGUAUUAAAUGGAGGGGUUUUAACCCCUGAACA